UUGCCUGCUUAAAGGUCGAUUCACACACAUCAGUGACGUAUCAGUGCCGUAUCCGCUCAGUGCUUCAGUGUCAGUGAAAAAAAAUAUCGUUACUUUGAAUUUGACUGACGCGUUCACACACGUCCGGCGCAGUACCGUGUUUUGACUCUCAGUGACCGUUACGUCUCCGUUCCGUGAAACUGAAUAUCGUCGCCACCGAUAUUUUUCAGAUUUUCACGGACGCCGGAAGCUAUGGAUGACGAACUACUCAUUGAACUGGUGCGGAACCAUCCAGUUCUGUAUGAUCUCUCACAACCAAAAUAUAUGGAUUCCAACUUUAAACAAGAUAUAUGGAAUAAAAUAGGAGAAGAAAUGAAAGUAGAUGGUUCAGCAUGUAAAAGCAGAUGGAACAAUAUAAGGGACAAUUACAGAAAAUCUAUGAAGAAGACUUCAACUAAGAGUGGGCAAAGUGCAAAGAAAAUUAAACUGUACAAAUUUUCUGAGCAAUUAAGCUUUUUAAAGUUAUACAUGCACGAGAGGGAAACAAAGGGAAACAUCGCAAGUGAGGAACAUGAAGGAAACAAUCACGACGAUGUUGUAGAAAACCAGGAGGACGAAGAAGAGAACAUCCAGACAGAUGCAGGGGAACCAACAGUAUUGGACGGAGGCCUGCAUGAAGAUUUGCAGACACAACCAUUGCCCUCACCAAAGCCUACUCUUGAAGCUAAAGUUAAGUCAUUAGCAGGAAAAUCAAAGAAGAGAGUGGCACCUCAACAAACAGCUUCUGCAAAAUUAAUGGAGUAUUUGAUAAGUAAACAAGAAAAUCAAACCGCUUCCACCCCACCACACCCUGUUGACGCAUUUCUAGCAGGCAUUGCUCCAACUCUCAAGACUUUGACCCCUUAUUAUUUGAAUGUAGCAAAAUCUGAAAUAUUUGCUACAGUACAGAAAUAUGAAAUGCAAAUGCUUAUCAAUCAACAAUCAUUUGAAAGACUACCUGAGCCUUCAGCUUCUACAUCAUCAACUUCGACUCCACAUCCCUCACCUCAGCCAGUGCAGGAACAUACAACAGUAACAUAUGGAGAUCAGCAACAGAAGUUAUCUACUUAUACAUCAGUUCCAAACAGCGCCAAUCCUUUGCAAAACUACUUUUCAACUUUUCAGGAUUCUUAACUCUUCAAUAGGCUAUACAACUUAAAACAUUAGAGUUAUCACUAACGUCAAGAAACACACAUAAGUAAUGAUGAAUUUUGAGAGUGAGAAACAAAUUAAUGUACGUACUGUCACUUAGCAUGAAAAUAAACUUUUAAAAGUUUAAAGAGUCUAUGAAAUCUCCAGCACGGAUUUAGAUAGAUAAGUGCAGUAAAUGACCAACUACAAA